AUGGACUUGGGGAACUACAGCACCAUCACGGAGUUUAUCCUCCUCGGGCUCUCUGCCAAUCCCCACGUCCAGGCUGCACUCUUUGUGCUCUUCCUGGGGAUUUACCUGCUGACCAUCAUGGGGAACCUGAUGCUGCUGCUGGUGAUCAGGAUUGAUUUUCACCUGCACACACCCAUGUACUUCUUCCUGAGUCACCUCUCUUUUGUCGAUAUCUGCUUCUCUUCGGUCACUGUGCCCAAGAUGCUGGAGAACCUUCUGUCUCAAAAGAAAACAAUAUCAGUAGAGGGCUGCCUUGCUCAAGUCUUCUUUGUGUUUGUUGCUGCAGGAACUGAAGCCUGUCUGCUUUCUGCAAUGGCCUAUGACCGCUAUGCUGCCAUCUGCCACCCUCUGCUGUAUGGACAGAUCAUGAGUAAACAGCUGUAUAUGCAGCUUGUGUGGGGUUCGUGGGGACUGGGCUUUCUGGAUGCACUCAUCAACAUCUUCCUAGCUGUGAAGAUGGUCUUCUGCAAGGCCCAAAUCAUCCCCCACUACAGCUGUGAAAUGCCCUCUCUCCUCUCACUGUCCUGUUCCGAUAUCUCCAGCAACCUCAUUGCCUUGCUCUGCUCCACUCUUCUACAUGGACUCGGAACCUUCCUUUUGGUCUUCUUAUCCUACACCCGUAUAAUCGCCACCAUCCUGAGCAUCAGCUCCACCUUAGGCAGAAGUAAGGCCUUUUCCACCUGCUCCUCCCACCUCAUCGCAGUGACCCUUUACUAUGGCUCAGGUUUGCUCCGCCAUCUAAUGCCAAAUUCAGGUGCGCCCCUUGAGCUGAUCUUUUCUGUGCAGUAUACUGUAGUCACUCCCAUGCUGAAUCCUCUCAUCUAUAGCCUGAAGAACAAGGAGGUGAAGGCAGCUCUGGCAAGAACUUUGGAAAAGUAUUUGCAACAUAUCAGGUGCUGA